AUAUAAAUAGCAUGUAAAAAGCUUAGCGAAUAAGCUUUUAAUAACCCGAUGAUUAAUGUAACCCUUUAAAGCCUUUAAAAUAAAUAAAACAACAAUACAUUUUGCGAAGCGCAGCGGGGCGCACACGCUUUAUCAUUAAAUGACUUCACACUCAGUCAUAAUUGUCAUUAAGUUUUUGCUAUCGAUUCAUCAAUAAGACAGGAUUGUGCAUGUGAGUCAGUGAGCCAUGACGGUCAAGGUUGGCAUGUGGUCCCCUACUUCAGGCUCCUACAAGUUAAGCUCACUUUAGUGCUGUCUCUUCACGAGACGCGACAGACCUGCGCGCGUAAAACAUUAUAUCUUUUUAAAUUUUCAAAUUAAUAGUGUAAAGUUGUCUCUGUGUUCGAUUUGAAUUGCACUGAUCAUAAUGGCGUAUCGAUCGUGCGUGACUGUACUUUGUUUGUUAAAUGUGAUCUUAGAAGUGACUGAUGUGUUCACUCUGUCUAUCCCACAACCCCGCGUCUGCAUCAUCGGCGCCGGCUACUCUGGUCUUGGCACAGCACGCUACAUGAAGGAGUAUGGCCUGAACUUCACAGUGUUCGAGGCCACGCGUCACAUCGGGGGAACAUGGAGGUUCGACCCUCACGUCGGAGUCGACGAGGAUGGACUGCCGCUCUUCACAAGCAUGUAUAAAAAUUUGAGAACGAAUACACCACGUCAAACGAUGGAGUACGCUGGCUACCCGUUCCCGGAGGGCACUCCGUCCUACCCAACCGGCCCUUGUUUCUAUAAGUACCUGCAAUCCUUCGCCAAACACUUCGAGCUCAUGAACAAUAUACAGUUGCAAAGCCUAGUCACUCUCGUCGCCUACAACGGUGAGCAAUGGGAGCUGUCCUACAUGAAGACAGACACCAAGGAGAAUGUCACCGAGCUGUGCGACUUCAUGGUGGUGGCCAGCGGGGAGUUCAGUAGCCCCGUCAUACCUGACAUAGAUAGAUUAGACCAGUAUAAAGGAAGAGUGAUGCACAGCCACGAUUACAAAGAUUCGGAGGAGUUCAGAAACCGUCGCGUCCUUCUCGUCGGCGCGGGCGCAUCGGGUCUCGACCUCGCGAUACAGCUGUCCAACGUAACAGCCACAUUGUUACACAGCCAUCACCUCAACUACAACCAACCGGAGUUCUCCAAGACCUACAAGAAGAAACCAGAUAUUGAUUCGUUUACUCCAACUGGUGCAAUUUUCGUAGAUGGCAGCGCUGAAGAGUUUGAUGACGUCAUUUUCUGUACAGGUUACAACUACGCCCACCCUUUCCUGGACACAAGCGCCGGAGUAACAGCUUCCAAGAAGUUUGUGCUCCCUCUGUACAAACAGACGGUGAACAUUAAGCACCCCAGUAUGACGUUCGUUGGAGUUUCCAAGAAAGUUAUCAACAGAGUUAUGGAUGCCCAAGGUCAAUACGCUGCAGCGUUAGCUUCAGGCAAGUUCCAGCUGCCGACGCAAGAGAGCAUGUUGAAGAAUUGGCUCGACCACGUCUACGAGCUCCAGAACAUGGGAAUGAAGAUCAUCGACGUCAAUGUUAUCAAUACCAUGGAUGAAUAUUUCGCAAACCUAACAGACGAAGCCGAUGUAACUCCAUCACCACCAGUGCUGACAAAGAUCGCUCGUUUCAACGCCAGAAAUCGUUUGGAAGAUCUCCUUAACUACCGGGACUAUGAUUAUAAAAUAAUUGAUGACAAGAAUUAUGAAAGGACUUACAUCCCUAGGAAAGAAUUGCCUUGUCCUGUAGAUCUCUAAAUGUUUGAAAUUAAUAUUGAGGAAAAUAAUACAAUGUACCUUCAGAAAAAGGGGGACGCUGAUUAUGCUGAUCUUGUAGAAGAUCCUAUAAAUUAAUGAGAUUAUUAAGCCGUAAAUUUGUAUGAGUGGCAAGUGCAAAGAAAUUAGGGUAAACAGAUACUUUUUCUUGCCUCAUUGUUUUAUAUUAGGUAGGGAUUUAUUUAAAUAAACUGAGUUAUUAAACAGUAUUUGUUUGUAUUCGUUUACUAGACUGUUACCAAUUAAUCAAUUAUGUAAGAAUUAUUAUUAAUAAGUACAAAUAAACUACUUACAUCAGUUA